UUAAAACACACUUGCAGCACAGAGCCGGGCUCCUAUCUGGCUGCUUCUCUCCACACCACACACACACUGGUAUAAGAAACAGCAAAGGAUCAAGACUCAGUCCUCUGUGAGAAGGAAAAGAAAGGGAAAAGAGAGGCAGAAGGAGAGCAAACAAACUGAAAAGUUCAAUGCUACCGCUGUGGAAAGCCUGACAGGGAGUGGGCUGCUCGCCAACUGGAGAUGUCGUAUGGUGAGUGUGGCUGCAAGGAGCUGCCGGUACAUCAGGAGAAUGAUGGGACUGAAUUGGAGAGCAUGGCCAGCUUACCUGAAGACCUGAUGCUGAGCGGCGACUUUCGCGGGAAGUUCAAGAAGAUCCGGACCAGGAAAAGGCCCACCAUUCUGACAUCUUCACCAGGGUACAGCAAGCCUCCUGUCCCGCCGGUUUGCUGCUCGCAGGGUGAAAAGGGACCGCCCACCAUGAUGCCCAUCAGCGUGGACCCAGAGAGCCGGCCGGGCGAAUACGUGCUCAAGAGCCUCUUCGCCAACUUCACCACCAUCUCUGAGCGCAAAAUACGGAUCGUCAUGGCCGAACCGUUGGAAAAACCUCUGGUAAAGUCUCUUCAGAGGGGUGAAGAUCCACAGUUUGACCAAUUGAUCAGCACAAUGAGUUCUCUGGCCGAGUAUUGCCUGCCAUCUAUCUUGCGCACCCUGUUUGACUGGUACAAAAGACAGAAUGGAGUUGAAGAUGAAUCCCAUGAGUACAGACCACGUUCAAAUACAAAGUCCAAAAAUGAUGAGCAGCAGAAAGAUUAUCUGCUGGAGAGGAGAGACCUAGCCAUCGACUUCAUCUUCUCUCUUGUGCUCAUAGAGGUUCUCAAACAGAUGCCCCUCCACCCAGUUGUGGAUGGUUUGGUCCAUGAAGUCAUUAAUUUGGCUUUUAAGCACUUUAGAUAUAAAGAGGGGUAUCAUGGACCCAACACUGCCAACAUGCACAUUGUAGCUGAUCUCUAUGCAGAAGUUAUCGGAGUCUUAGCACAAGCAAAAUUUCCUGCUGUUAAAAAGAGGUUCAUGAGUGAGCUGAAGGAGCUCCGUCAAAAGGAGCAGAGCCCAUACGUGGUCCAAAGCACCAUCAGCCUCAUCAUGGGCGUGAAGUUCUUCCGAGUGAAAAUGUAUCCUGUAGAGGAGUUUGAAGCCUCCUUUCAGUUCAUGCAGGAAUGUGCGCAGUAUUUCCUGGAAGUGAAGGACAAAGACAUCAAACAUGCUUUGGCUGGACUCUUUGUGGAAAUUCUAGUUCCCGUAGCAGCGGCUGUUAAGAAUGAGGUGAAUGUUCCUUGUUUAAGGAACUUUGUGGAGAGCUUGUAUGAUACCACCUUGGACCUUUCAACAAGAAAGAAACAUUCUCUGGCUCUGUACCCACUAGUGACAUGCCUACUGUGUGUCAGCCAAAAGCAGUUCUUCCUCAACAGAUGGCAUGUCUUUCUCAACAACUGCCUCUCCAAUCUGAAGAGCAAGGACCCUAAAAUGGCACGGGUAGCACUAGAGUCUCUCUACCGACUUCUGUGGGUCUACAUGAUUCGCAUCAAAUGUGAGAGCAACACUGCGACGCAGGGCCGCCUCAACUUGAUUGUGAUGAACCUGUUCCCUAAAGGAUCCCGCAGUGUAGUUCCUAAAGACAUGCCUCUCAAUAUAUUUGUUAAGAUUAUCCAGUUUAUUGCACAGGAAAGACUUGACUUUGCAAUGAAAGAAGUCAUUUUUGACCUACUGUGUGUUGGGAAACCUGCAAAAGCCUUUAGUCUUAAUCCAGAGAGAAUGAAUAUAGGUCUCAGAGCAUUCCUGGUCAUUGCUGACAAGCUGCAGCAGAAAGAUGGUGAUCCCCCCAUGCCGAACACAGGGGCCACGCUCCCUUCUGGAAACACACUACGAGUCAAAAAGACAUUCCUGAGCAAGCCUCUGACUGACGAUGAGGCCAAAGUCAUAGGAAUGUCCAUCUAUUACCCCCAAGUGAGGAAAGCUUUAGACAACAUCCUCAGACACUUGGAUAAAGAGGUUGGCCGCUGUAUGAUGCUGAGUAACGCACAGAUGCUGAAUAAGGAACCCGAGGAUAUGAUUACGGGCGAGAGGAAACCUAAGAUUGACCUCUUUAGGACAUGCAUGGCCGCCAUUCCACGCAUCCUUCCCGAUGGCAUGUCCAAGUCAGAGCUCAUAGACCUUUUGGCUCGGCUAACCAUCCAUAUGGAUGAUGAACUGCGUCUGAUAGCCCAGAAUUCCCUGCAGAGUCUGCUGAUGGACUUCUCAGACUGGCGGGAGGAAGUGCUCCUGGGCUAUUGCAGCUUCCUGCUCCGAGAGGUUCAGGACACACACCAAACCCUGCUGGACUCCUCACUUAAACUACUGCUUCAGUUGCUCACACAGUGGAAACUAGCCCUUCUCAGCAACAGCAAGAUUCUGGACACAUCAAAGAUCUGCUCCACUGAAUUAUUACAGAGUAGCUCUGGCUCCAGACUGCCUGCUGAACGGACCCCUCACUCCACAGUCUUGCAUGCUGUCGAGGGUCUCGCUUUAGUGCUACUGUGCUCCUGCCAGACAGGCACACGCAAACUAGCUGUGUCCAUCCUUCGAGAGGUCCGCCAUAUCUUCCUCACCAUCGGGCAGACUGAGGAAGAUGAAAGGCCCAUGAUAGAUGUACUGGACCAGCUGAGCCCAGUGGUGCUCAAGAGCUUUGCCCACGUGGCGGUGGCUGACUCGGCAUCUCUCCCUGCUGGGCAGCACGCAGACCUGCAGUGGCUGGUGGAGUGGAACGGAUCUCUGGUCGGCAGCCACUAUGACGUGCGGAGCCCGUCUCGUGUGUGGAUCUUGGCACAGUCUCUGAAGGAACCCUGGGCUCUGUGCCUCUUCAGCCUUCUGAGACAGGAGUACCUGCCCAAGCACUGUCCCACAGCGCUCAGCUACGCCUGGCCCUACGCCUUCACUCGCCUGCAGCUCCUCAUGCCUUUACUCGAGCCCAGCAACCCAGUGAACGCCAAGAAGACAAGCUCAGCUGGUUCAGCGGACACUUAUGUUUCUCUCUGGAGAAACUAUCUGAUUCUGUGUUUUGGCGUGGCCAAACCCAGCAUCAUGAGCCCGGGUCAUCUUCGAGCUUCCACCCCUGAGAUCAUCACUCCCAGUACAGACAGCAACAGCAGUUAUGACAACAAGAUCCUGGGUACUCCGUCUGUGGCCUGGCUUCUGAAGCAGUUGGUCCCUCUGAUGCGUUCAGAAAGCAUUGAGAUCACAGAGUCUUUGGUGCUCGGAUUUGGCCGCACAAACUCACUCGUUUUCAGAGAGCUGGUUGAGGAACUGCAUCCUUUGAUGAAGGAAGCUUUGGAAAGACGACCUGAGAAUAAAAAACGACGAGAGAGAAGAGAUCUGCUGAGACUCCAGCUCCUCAGGAUCUUUGAGCUGCUGGCGGAUGCCGGUGUCAUCAGUGACAGCACUAAUGGAGCGCUGGAACGUGAUACCCUGGCCCUGGGCGCUCUCUUUCUUGAGUAUGUGGACCUGACCCGGAUGCUUCUGGAAGCCGAGAAUGACAAAGACAUGGAGAUUCUCAAAGACAUCCGAGCUCACUUCAGCGCCAUGGUGGCCAACCUCAUACAGUGUGUCCCAGUGCAUCAUCGACGUUUCCUCUUCCCUCAGCAAAGCCUUCGACACCAUCUCUUCAUCCUUUUUAGCCAAUGGGCUGGACCCUUCAGUAUCAUGUUCACGCCCCUGGAUCGCUAUAGUGACCGGAACCAUCAGAUCACUCGAUACCAGUAUUGUGCUCUUAAGGCCAUGUCAUCUGUCCUUUGUUGUGGCCCUGUGUUCGACAACGUAGGGCUCUCUCCUGAUGGCUACCUCUAUAAGUGGCUGGAUAACAUCCUUGGCUGUCAAGAUCUGCGGGUGCAUCAGCUGGGCAGUGAGGUGGUGGUUCUUCUGCUGGAACUUAACCCAGAUCAGGUGAAUCUGUUUAACUGGGCCGUGGACCGAUGUUACACCGGCUCCUGCCAGCUGGCCUCUGGUUGCUUCAAAGCCAUCGCCACUGUCUGUGGUAGCAGAAACUACUCCAGUGAUAUUGUGACUCUGCUGAACCUCGUUCUCUUCAAAGCGUCUGACACAAACAGGGAGAUCUACGAGAUUGCUAUGCAAUUAAUGCAGAUUCUAGAGGCCAAGCUGUCUGUGUAUUCUAAGAGGAUUGUGGAACAGAAAAGUGGUGCUAUCCUGCAUGGGACACACGGGCCUCUUCCACCUCUCUACAGUUUCUCUGUAUCCCAGCUUUCAAAGCAACUUGCCAGAAUGUACCCUGAACUCACCUUGCCCCUUUUCUCAGAGGUGAGUCAGAGGUUUCCCACCACUCAUCCAAACGGGCGUCAGGUCAUGCUGACCAACCUGCUCCCUUGGCUCAGUAACAUUGAGAUGGUAGAUGGAGGCCUGCUGUCCACGGUCUCGAGUCCAAGCAGCUCUGGGGACAACAGGACGGGAUACAGUCACAACACUUCAGCACCUCACCCUCUUCGAGGCACAGGCUGGGGGUCGCUGCAGGCCUCCUCCUUGGUCCUAAACAACCUCAUGUUCAUGACUGCAAAGUAUGGUGAUGAUGUCCCAGGUGCAGAAAUGGAAAACGCUUGGAACGCUCUGGUCAGUAAUGAACGAUGGACUAAUAACCUGCGGACCACCCUGCAGUUCCUCAUCAGCUUAUGCGGAGUCAGCAGCGACACCUCUCUUCUGCCUCAUAUUAAGAAGGUUGGGAUCUACCUUUGUCGCAACAACACCAUUCAAACCAUGGAGGAGCUGCUUUAUGAACUUCAGCAGACAGACCCUGUGAACCCCGUAGUGGUGCACUGUGACAGUCCUCCGUUCUACCACUUUUCAGCCACAAGCAAAAUUACCACCACCACUUCUGGUCCACCUUCCUGUAGCAAAACAUUGGUGUGUGGCCAGGAAUACAUCUCUGACACAGACGACUCACCAGUCACAAAGGAGUGUGAUGACAGGCUAAGCAACAUCUUACGAGCACAUAACCGCCUGGAGUCUCGGUACAGCAGCAGUUCUGGAGGUUCCUACGAUGAGGAAAAGAGUGAGCCGCUCCCUCCGUAUGCCAUGUGGCUUAUGAGUGUGCUGGAAACCAAUCAGCCGCUUCCUCUUCCCAUGCCAGUUAACGGAGGCUGCUGGGCACCGCUGGUCGACUAUCUACCUGAAACAGUCACCCCACGAGGACCUCUCCACAGGUGUAACAUAGCAGUGAUCUUCAUGACAGAGCUGGUGGUGGAUCAUAGCGUGAAGGAGGACUGGGCCCUGCACCUCCCUCUACUGCUCCAUGCCUGUUUCCUGGGUAUGGACCACUACCGCCCGGAGGUGUUUGAACACUGUAAGAGGCUUCUCUUGCACCUUCUCAUCACGUUAUCUUGCAACAACAAUUUCAGCCUCAUUGCCUCUGUUCUGCUAAACACCAGAGAUGCCAACAGCAACAAGAGCCUGACUUUCAAACCCACCUACCAGCCUGAGUUCUACACCGGUGGUGUGGACUUCCUGCGGAAUGGCCAGGCAUCUCCGGUUCCAGAUUCUGGCCUCAGUUCCUCCUCUGCCUCGUCCAGCCUGAGCCUUGGAAGCAGCAGCUCCAACCUGCCUCACCUGGCCCAGGAAGAGGUGGAGCAAAUGGAGAGCAGCACUGAAGAUGAUGAGAAGAGCAGCAAACUCAUUGAGUUUCUCACUACCAGACCUUUUGGACCAUUGUGGAGCCAUGAAGACAUCACUCCUAAGAAUCAACACUCAAAGAGUACCGAGCAGCUUGCCAACUUCCUGCGACAUGUAGUUUCUGUGUUCAAAGAGUCCAAAUCAGACAUUAGGCUUGAGCAGCAGUUGAGUGAAGUGGCAUUGCAGAUGGCUCUGUGCAGCUCCUCCAGACAUUACGCUGGGCGUUCCUUCCAGGUGUUCAGAGCUCUACGGCAGCCCCUCUCAGCGUUGGCUGUGUCCGACCUGCUUUCACGCUUGGUGGAGGUAGUCGGGGAGCCCGGGGAGGAGGUUCAGGGUUAUGUAAUGGAGCUUCUCCUCACUCUUGAGUCAGUGGUGGAUAAUCUAGCCGAGUGCCUGAAGAACAAUGACUUCUUUGUCAUACUACGGGCGUCUUCACCAGAUCUUCCAUCCAGCAGCAAGUUAACACUAAACCGUAAAAGCACCAGUCAGCUGGACCUGAUCCCAGGAUCAGGCACUGCUUCUGAGCGAAUACGCCACCAGCGUAGCUACUCCGUACCCAAGCGCUUUGGCGAGGUUGAGCGUUCCUCUGAGGUUCCCCGGAGUGCCACCUUGGACCGCAUCCACCUUCAUCAGAGCAAUAUCUCCAAGCUCCGAUCCCUGUCCUCAUCCUCCUCCAGAGACAACGUGGUCUCUACCGACCCGACCAAUGCCAACCAUCCUCGCAACCUGCUGGCCAGCAUUUUUUGGGCAGUGGUGUCACUCAUGGAGUCAGACUUUGAGUUUGAGUACCAGAUGUCCCUCAGGUUGUUAGGGAAGCUGAUAGGCCACAUUUCAUUGGAUAAGCAGGAAUACAGAGAGAAGCUGGAGAAGAUCCAGAUCCAGUUAAAAUGGAAGGAGUUCUCUGGGCUUCAGCAGCUGCUUCUGAAGGGCUUCACCUCUGCAAACACUACAGAACUCACCUUGGAGAUGUUCAGCCAGCUCACGCCCGUCUCACGCCUACCUGUGGUGGACACCUCACAAGUCAUAGGUUUCCCAUUAAACGUGCUCUGCCUCAUCCCCCAUCUUGUGUUACACUUUGACUCACCUACUCAAUUCUGUAAGGACGUGGCUGAGAGAAUUUCCCAGGUUUGCCUUGAGGAAAAGAACUCCAAGCUGUCCAACCUUGCCCAUUUGAUGACAUUGUACAAAACGCACACCUAUACCCGUGACUGCUUCUCUUGGGUCAAUGUGGUGUGCCGCUACCUACAUGAAGCGUUCAGCGACAGCACACUCAGCAUGGUUACUUACAUGGCGGAGUUGCUGGAGAAAGGAUUACCCAGCAUGCAACAAACUCUUCUGCAAAUCAUCUACAGUCUACUGAGUCACAUGGACCUGAGUGCUAUUCAAGCCAAACUCUUCAACAUGGAGGUUCUAACAACCAUAGAGAAGUUUGUUCAGACUGCACACUGGAAGGAAGCCUUGAACAUAUUAAAGCUGGUGGUCUCCCGCUCGGCUAGUCUGGUUUCGCCUUUGUCCCCGCAGAGUAACGCAUCCACUGUGGAUGUCAGGCGUGUUUGGGACACACCCUCCAAAGCCCUGCCCGGAAAGACCCUUGACUUUCACUUUGACAUUUCAGAGACACCGGUGAUUGGCCAGCGAUAUGACGAGCUUCACGGUUCUCCGAGGCAAGAUGGGAAGAAUGCAGGAGGGGUUACCGUGACACGCAGUACCUCCUCUACAUCCUCAGGCUCUUACCAAAACAACCACGUGCUGGUGCCUGUCAGCUGGAAACGACCACAGUCCUCACAGAAAAGAACUCGUGAGAAGUUGGUGAAUGUAUUAACCUUGUGUGGCCAAGAAGUUGGACUCACCAAAAACCCAUCUGUGAUUUUCUCAUCCUGUGGGGAACUGGACCUGAUUGAGCACCAGCCCAGUCUGGUGUCCUCUGAGGACGGCACACGGGACACCGAAAACAUGGAUGACACCACUUCAGAACAGCAGUUCCGUGUGUUUAGGGACUUUGACUUCCUGGAUGUGGAACUGGAAGAUGGAGAGGAGAUGCAGGGUGAGACAGCUGACAGCUUUAACUGGGGUGCGCGGAGGCGUUCCAUUGACAGCCUGGACCAGGCUGAAGCCCAACCAAUGGAGGAGGACAGCCAGCUCUCAGGAAGUUCACCAAGCCUGUGUCCAAUCGUCCAUGAUGAUUCUGACGAGUCUUCUGAGGAAGAGUCCCUCACAGCCAGCCAGAUUCUCUCAGCUUCACAACUAAAUGUCAGCCUGUCUCCUACUGAGGAACUAAACCCCAUGGACUCCCCUCCCAUCUCCUUUGACAACAUUCAAGCUGACCCAAUUCCUCUUUCCACCCCAACUCCUAGCUUUGAGAUCUCAGCACCCGAGGGCUCGAACCAUCGGGCUGAGGAUUCGGCUGAAGAAGAAGAAGCCGUUGUUAAUGAGGACGAUAUCUCACUCUGCAUUUGCGAGUCGCCGCCUGCCUUCAGUAGUUCUGACAUUCUAACAGCAGGCACAUCCCAGAGGGAAAACAACUUCUUUACUGACAACGAGACAUGUUGUGUACCCAGUGGGUUUGGAGACCAGCCGAGCUCUGUGGCACAGGCAGAGGAGGAAAAGGAAGAGCUGUUGCUAGAGUCUCGUUCCUCCCCUCCACCUUCUCCCUUUUUCUCCGCCAUCCUGGCCGCUUUCCAGCCGACUGUAUGCGAUGAUGCUGAGGAGGCUUGGCGCGAUCAUCUCAGCCAGUUGGUGGCUGACUCGGAUGGUUCCUGUGCAGUUUACACCUUCCAAGUCUUCUCCUCACUCUUUCAGAGUAUACAGGCCAAGUUCUGCACCUUGACUUGUGACGCUGCUGGUUACCUUGGCGACGGCCUUCGUGGAAUUGGAGCGAAGUUUGUAAGGUCAUCCCAGAUGCUGACAUCCUGCUCCGAAUGUCCCACGUUGUUUGUCGAUGCCGACACUAUUGUGUCGUACGGGCUCUUGGAGAAGAUGAAGUUUAGUGUGUUAGAGCUGCAGGAGUAUCUAGAGACCUACAACAACAAAAAGGAGGCAGUCAUAUCAUGGCUACGCAACUGCAAGGCCAGUUUCCCCAAAUGCACUGGAGAUGGAGUGAUUACCCAUCAGCCUGCUGAAAAGGAAGAGAAGCAAAUGGAAUCUCUUGCACAACUGGAGCUUUGUCAAAGACUCUACAAACUCCACUUUCAACUGCUGCUGCUUUUUCAGUCUUACUGUAAACUUAUUGGCCAAGUUCACACUAUAAACUCUGUACCAGAGCUGCAGAACAUAUCCAGAGAGUUGAGUGAGUUGAGAAGUAACCUGAGGGCAGCAGCAGCCUCAGUGGCCAAUGAGUCUGCAGCUGAGCCGAGAGAACCCACCACUGAAUCCUCCUUCAGCUCCUCUGAGGCUGCUGUGCAGGCCAUUCUAGAGAGCCUGAAAACCAACGAGUUCUCCAGAGCCAUCCGUUACAUACAGGAAUGCAGGAAAAUGUGGCCAAGUGACAUCUUCGGCAGCAGCUCCGAGAAUGAGAUUCAGACUCUACUCAACAUCUAUUUCCGGCACCAAACUCUGGGUCAGACAGGAACCUUUGCCCUGGUCGGUUCAAAACAAGACCUAUCGGAGAUAUGCAACCGACUCACUGAGCUCAACUGCGAGAUCCGAGACAUGAUUCGAUGGGCACAGGGCUACCGGGCCAUCACUGCCUUCCUUCCUGACUCCAGCGUGACCGGCAUCAGCCUUUGAGUUGAACUUUAAGGGAUCAGGCCGGCAUUGGCCUUCUUUCCACCACUCCUGUCUGAAGUUGCUGCUGCCUUCACUGUUCCCCCCUAGUGCACUCAUUACUGUCCUGCCUCUGCUUACCUUAAGAGCUUUAAGGAUGUACAGCUAAUAUAGCUUGGAAAAAUGCAACAGGGGACAGAAAAAGAAGUUGAAUCCUUGGCUUCUUUGCGCUACUAUGUAUGUAAGGGGCCGCCCCUGCCUCUGAAAUGGGGCCUCUAUCACUGCAGACAUCAAAGGUAUACCAAAGCCUACCAUUAUACAUGUAACGGGAAAAUGUGCAAUGCCUCACACCAAGUGAAACUUUUCAUCUUAGAGAGAAUGUUUUAAAAUUUCAGUGCUCUCAGCUACUUGAUGAUACAUAAAUGUUCUAUUCUUGCUUUUUUAUUUCAAAUAAAAACGGAAAGCCAUUGUUAAUGUGGCUUUUAAAAAAAUGUUUAAAAAGAUCCGACUUUUCACAGUGCGCACCCAUGCCUCAGCUUUUAUCUGUACAGACAGAAUGUCUCUAACACAAUGCAAUGCUACAGUCAGAGAGACCUGGAUGCAUAAAGGGGUCAUCCAGCACUUAUUUAUGAAUGGGGGUGUUUGGUUUUACUAAUGUCUUUCUACUGUUUAGUUGCUCCUAGAAGGUUGAUUUAUAUUCUUAAAAGGAAGAUCAUGUUUUGAUCAUCGUAAAAUAGUAUAGUUUUUUUUAGGAUGGAAUUAUGUCUAUUCUGUCUAUUGAAAUGGCCAAGCAUUCAAAGGUAUGUACAAUAAGACUAAAUAGAUAUAUUUAUGGAAUAAGAAAUUAUUUUAAAUGAAAGAUUUGUACAUAGUAGUGGGAGUGUAGCCCAGACUUGUAAGAUUUUAUUUUUAUGGUUUUAUUUUGCUGUCUGCUGUAUAAAAAGUGUGCAUGCAAUAAAUAGAUCAAUAAAUAAUAUUAAU